GUGUAUUCAUAAGUUUAGUUUUUCCUUUAACAAUUACAUAGUAGGAACAAUCGUUUCGAAACUUCGUAUCUCAUAAUUACUCGCGCUAUGGCGGAAGCACUUACGCUGAUUGGCGGCCUUGCAGCUAUCAUGCAAUUGGCUGGUUCCGUGGUGAAAUUGACAAGAGACCUGAGAGUUUGUGAGCGUACUAUACGCUCUGCGCCAAAGGAAAUCAGAUAUUUUAUACUUGAGACCUCCAUAUUUACUGACCAACUCUGUUAUUUUUAUGAGCUCGCGAAUAAGUCCGCAGCCGUCAUGAAUGAACAUUCUAAGGCUAAGCGAGCCGAAUUGGUCCAGAAAAUCCUGAGGCAGUGUAAAUCUGUCAAGAGAGGGUUCGCUCGCCUCGUCCGGCGCUUUAUUGAUGUUAAUGGUGUCGACACGGCGCCUUUAAAUACAUUCUGGGCACGAUUGCUGUGGCUUUGGAAACGGCCAGACGUGCCAGAAUUACGCUUAAAUAUUCAAAGCGCAAUAGCUAACGUCACAUUGCUAUGCACUUUAUUCAUGUUUGAAGAAUCGAUGAGUCAGAACGCAGAUAGCAAAAAGAGCGCGGAUAGAGAAAAGCUUGAGAUGCUCCAGGAACGGCUUUGGAACUGGGUGGCGACGGCGAGGAAGUUGAGACGUGAACUGGCCGAAUACAAGAAGCGCAAAUCACCGUUAGGUGUGUCAGAAAUGGCCCCGGAAGAUUCACAUGAUGUGACCGCAGAUGAUAGCCGCCAAUUGGAACGAUAUGUUGUCCAUGCAAUUCGAUCAUAUACUCAGGGAGAAGCUCUUUCAACAAGUACAAGGCCUUCGCGCCGAGGACCCCCGGGUCUAAUAAUUCGGAAAACUCAAGAGGCUACAGCUUCGCCAAAGUCCACAAAGACGGGGACUCGGGUAGAUGCUUAUGAAAAUGGCGUUUUUAGACGGUAUAUAAUACCUAGGCGGUCCUCGGAUGAAAUGGUUGAGGAACGAAGCCCAUCAAGAGCACGAGAAGAACAGUCGCCAAUAAUAGUGCCUAGUGAACAAGUUUCUGAAAUAACAGUCGGUGAUAGAGUGAAAGAUCGAGGCCAGGGCGUGUUUUCGGAGAUUGGUGAAUGGCCAGCAGAGGUAGCUGACCCGAAUACGAGCUUAGAUGCCGCUAUUGAAAAUGAGGCUCCCAACAAGGUUCCACAAGCGGCCAGUCAAUUUCACAUCGAAGAGGAGCCACCGAGAGUAAGCGAACAAGACUCGGGACCCGAAGAGUCCGAGUUACCCAAGACAAAGCCUAGUGAGCUAUCCAAAAUACCUUCAUGCAGUUAUCUGGACGAGCGGUCAGAGCGAAUGGACCCAUCAAUAGCAUCUAAAAGCUCAUCAGCCACUGAGCUGGAAGCCUCGGAAGCUAGCCAUGAUAGCCAUGACACUUGGGGCAAGGAGAGUCGUGGCCCAUAUAUCCCGAUGGCACCUUUUGGAGGGCCAAGGUCAAGAAAGCGACCACGACGACCAAGGCCACAGUCACCUAUAGGCUAAUAAGUUUGAAAAAGGUUGGGUUGGUCAGAUUAUUAGAGGGUUUUAAUUGAUUGUGUUUUGGCGCGUUGAUUGGAGAAUAUAAUUGAGGCUAGGGAAUCAAUCAAUCAUAUAGAUGGUUAGCGUUUGAUGUAAGUUUGGGUUGGAGGUUUUUAAGACGGGGCAUUUGGAAUUCAAUUAUGCAGGUAUUCCGUACAAAAUAUUAAGAUACCCCGAUUCCCAGAUGCAUACAUAGAAGGCAUAGAAGGUUCAAGGUUGUUGUGCAAGUACCAAUGGGGGGCAAUGUGGGCCAUUGCGCAAAAGCCAUGAUUGGUCAACCCUUUUUUUGGCCAGCUCAACGCUGCCCCUGACUACCGGAAAAAACGGG